AUGAGCAAGCGAUCUUCGUCUUCCAAGCUUUUCUUCUAUGAUCUAUACGGUAGUGAUCUCAAGGUCCAAGUUAUGGCUGAUGGAAGUAAGUCAGAGUUGGAUGAAGCUGAGUUUUCAAAGCUCCAUGCCACUACUAAGCGUGGUGAUUAUGUUGGUGUCACUGGCUUUCCAGGAAAACGAAGAGAGGAGAGUUGA